AUGGAACACAUUGUAGUUGCCAGCACGAGCCGUGGGACGACAGCUACAACACCAACGUCCAACAGCAAACGGAAACGAUCUCGUCGCAUCUACGAUGUCGAAGACCGAACCACAAAAGCAGACGUUGGCUCAUCACCGGGCACACAGUGGACUCUAUCGUCGUACAAACCCGGUUCAGGCGUCGCAGAACUCCGGUCCUCCGACCUCACAAAGCUGUGGCAAUCGGAUGGCAAUCAACCGCAUCUGAUCAGCAUCCAAUUCUCACGACGUACUUGUGUCACUCACCUUUCGAUCUAUCUGGAUGUCAAGCAAGACGACUCUUACACUCCGACGAAAAUCGCGGUCAAAGCGGGCACGAAUUAUCACGAUCUAACGAUGGUGAGGCAGAGAACGUUUGAUGCACCGCAAGGUUGGAAGCACUUCAACAUGACACCGGGGAGUGUCGAUGCGGUGACGGCGGAAGAGGACGAGGAGGCUGAUGGAGAGGAUGGUCAAGACGAUGCAACGCAAGAGAGUGCACCCGCAGGACCCGCAGGGGAGCGAGAUGACGAUGAUCAAGGAGAGUCCCAAGGUAUCCGAGUGUGGUUGAUUCAGGUUUGCAUCUUGGCCAACCAUCUCAACGGUAAGGAUACGCAUAUCAGAAGACUCAUUGUUUUCGGACCCCAACCAAGCGACGCGCCCAACCCACAAGGGCUGAAGAGACCGACUAAUGGACUCACACAUUCAAUGCUGCUACCACCUCAGGUCAGACUCCGAAACGAACAGGCGUCGAGCGGUCACAGUCCAAACGUCACGUUGGCUCAGUUGCUUUCCCUGCAAAACGCGGCCAGUGUUGAUGUUCAAGACGACCAAGCCGGCGACGAGAGCGCAGCUGGUGCGGUGUUACGCAGAACUGGGCUUAAUUUAUUCGGCAACAUCCGCUGA